AUGGCUCCUCUCAACACCCUCACGCACCAUAGUGUCAACACAAUCCUCAUAUCCCUUCACAAACGCGACGCGGACUGCACAUACUACGACGCAUCAUGUAGUUAUCACCGCCUCGCCAUCCUCAUCAUCAUCAUCGCCAUCGGCAUCAUCGCUAGCGCAAUACUCUCACUCCUAUACGUCCGCUCGCGCAGAAGCAAAGCUGCAAAGAUGCGCGCGAGCAUGCAACAACGCCCCAAAGCCAACGCGCCUUGGGAAAACUACAGUGCGCCAGCGGCGUACACCUCGCCCACGACGGAUUCUGCACCCCCACCGUACGAGCCGCGGAGACCCGAGAGAGCGGCAAGGGCGGCGGCAGAGUGGAGAUGA